AUGUUUAUCAAUACCCUCUUUCUUCAUGUCUUUGUGCUGUCCGCAAUCAGUUCGGCCAAACAUGUUCCACCUGGCCCUUCAUCUCCAUACUGUGGACUCAAUGUGACAUACAAAAAGAACUCCAUCUGCGAGACUACUCCUGGAGUCAAUUCUUUCUCCGGUUAUGUGCAUCUGCCAUCCUCUCUCCUCGCGGAUUCGCAAAAUGCGUCUGAUCCGUACAAUAUUUCGACCUUCUUCUGGUACUUUGAGUCAAGGAACAAGCCAAGGCAUGCUCCGCUGACCAUCUGGUUUGCUGGAGGCCCUGGCGCAGCUUCCUCUUUCAGCGCCAUGACCGAAAAUGGCCCAUGCUAUAUCAACGAAUAUUCCAAUGACACAAUUCUUAACCCCUACUCUCUCAACGAGAACUCCAAUGUCUUGUACAUUGAUCAACCUGUUCAAGCUGGGUUCUCGUACUCCUCGUUCUACAACAGCACUUACAAUUUCCUUACCCUUGAUACAUCAGUUUCUCCUGUUACGCCGAUGGAUGCUUACGAUGGCGAUGUCCCGCCUGAGAAUUCGACUUUCAAGUAUGGCGUUUGGGCGGAUCAAAGUCGGAGGCAUACGGCUAGUAUGACGAUGGAUGCUGCACGACCGGUCUGGCAUUUCCUGCAGAGUUGGUUCGAGAACUUCCCGGAGUAUCGCACGAGUGACCGUCGUGUCAAUCUUUGGGGCAACUCUUACGGCGGUUUCUGGGUCACCGGAUUUACUUCUCACAUUCUUGCUCAGAAUACCCUUGUCAAGAAUGGAACACUUUCUGGUCGAGUCAUCCCUAUCAACACCAUCGGUAUUACGAAUGGAUGUGUAGAUGCAUUCACAACCGUACAAUCUUAUGGCGACAUCGCGUACAACAACACAUACAAUACCUCCUUUAUCACCUCCGAAGUCUACGCCGACAUCCAAAACAACAUCACCAAGUCCGGAGGGUGCUACGACCAGAUCCAUCAAUGCCGGGCUGCAGUCGCUCUCUCAGAUCCCACAGGCACUGGAAUCAACGAUACCGUCAAUGCCAUUUGUGCCGGAGCCACAAUCUACUGUCUUGCUUACGCAGGAAAUGGAGCUUACCUAGCUACUUCUGGCCGGAGUGCGUUCGACAUGGCAGAAAACGCCAGUGCCCCAUAUCCACCAUUUUCCGCCACCACCUAUCUCAAUCGCCCUGAAGUCAGCAAGCAACUCGGUGUUCCUGUACUGUUCAAACCAGGCUCCAUGACCAUAAACAACAAAUUCAUCUACGGCACCGGCGAUCUCGCCCGUGUAGAUGGAAUCCAUGCACUCGAUACCAUCUUAGCUUCAAAUGUCAAUCUUGCUCUGGUAUUUGGAGACAGGGAUACAAGAUGCAAUUGGCUCAGUGGCGAAACCGUCGCGAAUACAAUCGAUUGGAAGGGUAAAUCCGCCUAUGCAGCUGCUGGAUACCAAAAAACACAGACCAAUUCGACAUACAUCGGUGGUCUGACCAAACAAUUCCAAUCCCUAAGUUUCACUAGGGUAUUCCAAGCCGGUCAUGCAGUAGGCUUCUUCCAGCCUCAAACCGUCUUCGAGAUCUUCGAGAGAAGCAGUGUUUGGGGCACCGAUGUUGCGACUGGGAAACAGAAGAUUAGGGGUAAUGGGACGUAUGCGACCAAGGGGGAGAGCAGUGCGUGGAGUCAUUUCGAGGUGCUGCCGGAGGUGCCGGAGCCGAUUUGUGAUAUUUGGGACGUGGGGACGUCGUGCUCGGAGGGGCAGAUUGAGGCUUUGGUGGAAGGGACUGCGGUGAUUGUGGAAGAUGUUGUGGUUAGUCCGGCGUAUCAGUGAUGAUUAGUCUGGAACCUGCAAUAGGUUCGAUAAGAGGCAGAAACGGCAAGAGACUACAUCCAGAGAAAACGAGACCAACACAAGACCCAAACUUCUCAGGAG